AUGGGCUUCUUAAACAAAAUAGGUCUAUCGCAUGACUCUUCCGUACCGGAUGAGCCUCCGCCUUCAUAUGAUGAGAGCCAAAACGAGCAUCGACAGCAAGGGCCUCCUCCACCAAAGGCAGAGGCACCAUCACAACCUCCACCAGCAUCGCCAAACCCACAGGCAUCACCACGACCUCCUCCAGCAGCCGCUGGACCCAGUCAACCGCCUGCUAUCCCACGACAAUUUCCACCUUCAUUCAACCUCUACUCUGCAGGUUGGCCUAAUGCCUCUUUCAUUCUUGCUGAGCAUCAGCAACAACCUCUCUAUCUAUUUUCAAUGCAUACUGGGUUUUCAGACGCACCACCCAUUAUCUUACACUCUGGUCCAGACGAAUCAUACCAGCCACUUGCUUCGGCAAACUUUAUGUUCAUGAGCCUUUCCUUUGAUGUUGAACUCCCUCCGAUACCAGGCUCAGGAGCUCCAUUGGCUCGCGAACGAGUUGAUCCAGCAGGCUCUAGCGGUCUCAGCCCAGCCUUUACCUUCUCUAUCGAAGUCGGACCAAACGGAAACGGGCCUCGAGAAACAUUCGAAUGGAGGCGUUCUAGUGGCCAGGCCGUAGCGAGUCUGGGUGGUCACUAUCAUGGUUGGAAACUGGUUCGUUUGGCUCAUGGUCCUCCGGGGGGCGGCAACAUGGACUUUGUGCCUGGUGGUUUUAGAGACAGUUUCGGAAAUGAGGUUGUAGCAGCCUGGGCUAUGGGUAGCGGGAGAAGUCUGACAAAGGUUGCACAUUACCAGUUCAUGGGGACGGGCUUGACAGGUCUUUUGGGAGAGCGAUGGGCUAUCAUGACGGUCAUCACGGGGUUGACACUGUUCCAGAGAGACCGCAGAAGAAGAUAA